AUGCCUGAUGGAACCCUCCAAAGGUCUGAUACUGAAGAAGUUGGCAUAGCAGGGACACAACAAACUUCAGCAGAAGAUGUAUUGAUAUUUGAUUUCGACGAAUCGAAGACAAAAAGUGAUGAUGAACAGAAAUCACCACAGGAAAUGGUUGAUUAUAUGGAAUACUGUGUUCAGGAAAAUUUCAAGGAAAUUUUAGAAAAUACUUUAGGAGAUACAGAGUCAUGUGAUAGAUCUAACAUGAUCAUCACUACGGCUAUUGUACAUGUAAGUAACGAAAGGAAAGACAGUACCAACAAAAUAAUUGAAUUACCAGAAACCAUAGAUCAUACAAAUAAGAUUAGAACUCGUAAAGCAUUUGUAAAGAACAUGAGUGAAGAAGAUCUGGAUAGGAUUGAAGUGAUGGAGAGUGGAGAAGAUACAUUAGAUAUUUUAGAAAAUAAAGAAGUUAGCAAAUAUUCUGAAAGUAACAGCUUGAACAUAGAUGAAUCAGUAAGUCGAAAAAAAAUUCAAAAUUCUGGAAAAAAUGAAAAAACAGUAACCGUUCUGCAAGAUAUUACUUUGAAAUCAUUGAAUACUUCUUUCCUAUCUCCAUCUUUCAGUAGCCAUUUAUAUUUUCCUGACCCAAUGAACAAAAAGAAUAAACGGAUCAAAAAAGAUCGUCUUCCAGCAGCAAUUUUCUCUUCAGAAUUUAAAAAUAUGUUGCAAAAAAAAAAGACGAGAAGAAAAAGACUGAAGAUGAAAAGGAAAAGUGUUCAAAUCCUACAAAGAAAAAGGAACAGAGAAAACAAAAUAGAGACUGACGAAACAUGUGUAUCUGAAUCUGUGAUGGAUAUAAAAGAUAGUUUUCCAGAGUCUGUGAUCGACAGUGAAGAUAAAGAAAGUAGAAUCAAGGAAAAAUGUGCAACUUGUAGUUUAGAUAUCGAUAGUGAUACUGAAGACAAUGACUUGAAAAAUAUCGGCUGCGAUAGAUGUCCUAAUUGGUUUCAUCUCAAAUGCUCCCCGUUUCAGGGAUAUCAUGAGAUUGAGAUCAGAGAAAAUGACCUUGUCGUGAGCAAUCUGAAUAUAAUGGAAGAUUCUCAAGAUCUAUCCAUGAUUGAUAAUGAAUUUACCAUACAAAAACCAUCAGUAUCGGAAGAACUCGAUGAUGAUAAAAUGGACCCUGACUAUAUUCCUGAUCCAGGUUCAGACAAUGAAUGUGAACACAAUUCUGAGACCGACAAUGAAAACGACGACGAACCUGAUCCCCAGCCUGAGAGUAUACAGCAAGACGGUUUGGAAAGACAAAACACCAAAAAAUAUCGUGUCAGAGGAGUGAACAAAAGGAUAGUAAAUAAAAAACUGUGA